UAGCACUUCACAACGGAUAUGACAUAAAUUUUUUUAUUUCCCACCUUUGAUGAACCAUCUUUGUUUCUCACACCUCACUCAUUUGAGUUCCUUCACCAUGGCACCUCUCACAAACUUGCAUGGAGUCUCCAAAACUCUAAUUCCCAUCACAUGCCUUCCAAAUGCACACAGGAUCUCAAAGAGGGGUCAAGUAGUUGGGUUUGUAGGAAUCAAAACACAGGAGGAACCAUCACAAUGUGAUAUAAUUCAGACCACAAGAAGAGCAACAGCAAUAGGCCUUGCCACUAUAGCUCUUAGUUGGCAAUUCAAUGACAAGAUUUCAUUGGCUAAGGAUAAUGGUUUUUGGUAUGAAGAUCACCCUCUUCCUGGAGCAACUGUCACUAACAAUAUUGCAAAUGAGAAAACGGGGACACGUUCUUUUCUUAAAAGGGGGAUCUACAUAGCAAAUAUUGGAGUGAAAGGAAGUGUGUUAAGGAUCAAGAAAUAUUCCUUUGAUCUUCUGGCGAUGGCGAGUUUGAUAGCAGGAGACACACUCAACUAUGUGAGGAAGUACCUAAGACUCAAGUCCACCUUCAUAUACUAUGAUUUUGACAAGAUUAUCUCCGCCAUACCAGUGGAUGAUAAGCAGCAACUAACUGAUAUGGCUAACAAAUUGUUUGAUAAUUUUGAAAGGCUUGAAGAAGCUGCAAGGAAGAAAAGUCUACCUGAAACACAGUCAUGCUAUCAGGAAACUGAAGUUAUGCUUAAAGAGGUCAUGGACCGGAUGGAUAUAUUGUACAAAACAGUUUGACAUGAUCUUAAUCAAGUUCUGUUGCAAUUUCUCUUAUCAAUAUCAAUUUUACGUUUUUGACA